UUUCAAUGGCCGUCAUUUGGAAACCAACUAAGCUAAAGAAUUGCCAAAAGUAUGAAUUUAGAACAAACGCCUGUAGAUAAUAGUGGACAAAAGAAGUUAAUCGGUUCGACACCAGAAGGGAACGAGCUGAAGGGAGGAGCACUGAAAAGGGACAGGUCACCAAGACGACUAAGUUGAGUCCGGAAGAAGAAGUGGAGGAGCUGGAGAGGAGCAAAAGGCAGUUGGAUGCUGAGAUAGCACAGCUGGAGUCCGAGGGGUACAGAGUGGAGGAGCUGGACAAUCACAUUGACAUGCUGCAUGAGUACAAUGAUAUCAAGGACAUGGGACAGUCGCUGCUGGGCAGAAUAGGAUGCUACGUCUAGCGUGUUGCACGGCCCUGCUGUUGGUCUUGAGGCUGGUGGCGCGUCUGCCCUGGCUUCAGGUUCUGCCUGCUAUCUUCAUUUUCUACAUGGGAAGCGGAGGAUGGCGCUUCCUGCGGAUCUUCGCUAAAACCAUCGGCCGAGACUUGCACGCUGCUGCAGUGUUAUUGCGGGUCAAGAUGAACGUCAAGCGCCACCUCCGGGAGAAGAACACCCUUCCCGCCAUCUUCGCCGAGACGGUGCGUCGCCACGGGGACAAAACGGCGCUCAUCUUUGAAGGCACCGGCGAGAGGUGGACCUUCCGACAGUUGGACGAGUACUCCAACCGAGUAGCCAACCUGCUGCUCCAGCGCGGCUUCAAAGAAGGCGACGUGGUGGCCAUCUUCAUGGAGAACAGGUCCCAGUACGUGGGGCUCUGGCUUGGCAUGGCCAAAAUCGGCGUGGAAGCAGCACUCAUUAACUUUAACUUGAGACUGGAGGCCUUGGUGCACUGCGUUACCAUUUCCAACUCCAAGGCUGUGGUGUUUGGAUCCGAGCUGACUGACGCUGUGUCUGAGGUCCACGCUUCAAUGGGAAAGACGGUGCAGAUGUUUUGCUCGGGAGACUGGGACCCCAAGCGGGUGCCACGAGGGACAGAGUGCCUUGAGCCGCUGCUGGCCGCCGCCCCUUCGCACCUGCCCAGUCGACCACAGCGCUGCUUCACGGAUCGCCUGUUCUACAUCUACACGUCCGGAACCACCGGGAUGCCCAAAGCUGCCAUUGUUGUGCACAGCAGGUUCUACCGCAUGGCGGCUUUGGUGUACUAUGGCUUCAGGAUGACAUCGGAUGACGUCUUGUAUGAUUGCCUUCCGCUCUACCACUCUGCAGGUAACAUUGUGGGAGUGGGCCAGUGUCUAAUCCACGGCAUGACUGUGGUCAUCAAAAAGAAGUUCUCCGCCUCUCGUUUCUGGGACGACUGCGCCAAAUACAACUGCACCAUUGUCCAGUACAUCGGUGAGAUUUGCCGCUACCUGCUCAACCAGCCGGUCCGCGACACGGAGAAGCGACACCGCGUGCGCAUGGCGCUGGGUAACGGCCUGCGUCAGUCCAUAUGGGAGGAAUUCAUGACGCGCUUCAACAUUCCGCAGAUUGCAGAGUUCUACGGAGCAACCGAGUGUAACUGCAGCUUAGGGAACUUUGACAACAAGAUCGGAGCGUGUGGCUUCAAUAGCCAAAUCCUGCCCUUCAUCUACCCCAUCAGACUGGUGCGCGUGGACGAAGAGACCAUGGAGCUCAUCCGAGGGCCGGACGGAGUCUGCAUCCCCUGUAAACCCGGCGAGCCUGGUCAGCUGGUGGGCAGGAUCAUUCAGAAUGACCCUCUGCGGAGGUUCGACGGCUACGUCAAUCAGUCGGCCACCAGCAAGAAGAUUGCUCACAGCGUCUUUAAGAAGGGAGACAGCGCCUAUCUUUCCGGCGAUGUGCUGAUCAUGGAUGAGUGCGGCCACAUGUACUUCAAGGACAGGACAGGAGACACGUUCCGUUGGAAAGGCGAGAACGUCUCCACCACUGAGGUUGAGGGGACGCUGAGCAGGCUGCUCGACAUGAAAGACGUGGUGGUCUACGGCGUGGAAGUACCCGGCGCAGAAGGAAAGGCUGGCAUGGCUGCCAUCGCCGAUCCGAAUCACUCUUCCGACCUGGAGAAGUUUGUGAAGGACCUGGACAAGGCUCUGCCUCCAUACGCCAGGCCCGUCUUCCUGCGCUUUCUCCCAGAAGUCAACAAAACAGGAACCUUUAAGUUCCAGAAGACAGACCUGCGCCGUGAGGGCUUCGACCCCAAAGCAGUGUCGGACACGCUGUACUUCCUGGACUCCAGCAGGGGGCGCUAUGUGCGGCUGGACGAGGAGAUGUACCGCACCAUACUCUCAGGGAAACAUAAAUUGUGACGAGCAAACGUCCCGUGACAUCUGCGGUACACUUAUGUGCGACACAAACGGAUGAAAAUAGCCAGGAAACGAAAUGAAGAAAUAGCCACACGCAUUCCACGACCUCAAACCCCCCCCAGUUUUGGAGACACUCCACAAGCAGCUCUCCCGCCGUCCCUCCUUGGUGGCGCCCUCCUCUGGCUACCUCAGCUAACACACCCAUACGCGCCGACACAAACCCGGCCACCGCAUCCCUCUGGGAGCUUGAAUGCUACCACCAGAACCACAUUGACACUCCAGUGUGUACUGGAGGCUGCCUGGGGCCUACACGGACUUAAAGAAGAGGGGCAUGGUUGGUGAGGACCUAAAGUCUCUUUGUUUAGUUUGUCUUUGACUUAAAUUGGCAACGAGGCUGCAACCUGCACUAUACGCCAACAAUGGCAACGUUUCUGCAGCCUCCCCCUCGUCUCGUCUUUUGGCCGAAAUGUGGAAAAGGGUCACUCCAAAACACAAAAAACACACGUCUGAUAUGAAUCAAAACAAGCUUUCUUUUCCAUUGUGUUGCGGUCGCACCAAAUAUACUUAGUUUACAUAUUUAAGGAAUCAUUUUGCGUUAUUUAUGUUUGUCGUCACCUUUGAAAACAAAAAAGCUUUUUAAUGCGACUGAAAAUACACGUGGAUGAGGUUUGUUCCAGCAAAUCCACUGCUAGAUGUACAAGAACAGAAAAUGGCAGCAAAAUAAUCAAUUUAAUGAUAAAAUAUCAUUAUACAGUAAAUCUAUAAUUAAGUCAAUUUAAUUUUUUCCAUCAUCCACCAUCCUCAUGUGAAACAUGAACAUGUAUUUCCCUUUUCUGUGCAUUCUACAGAGAAAAACAACCAUCACGAGGGAGCUAACAAUGGACAUCUUCUAAAAAAACAACAGCAAUGUUCCAUUUAUACAUAACAUGACCUGCCUAUUAACCGAGCUACAGCAACGGGGAAGAACUACUUUUCUGGUGUAGUGACAAAGCGCCUCACGUCAGUACCAAGAGGUAACGAGCCCACUUCAAAACAAUGCCUUAGGACACAAAUCUAUACUGACUAGGAAACAACAAACAUAUGACAAACUAUGAACAGACAACCUUAGCCCACAUUCAGUGUUUUGUUUGUACACGGCUAGACGGACUAUGUUCUCCAAUGUAUCACAAUCAAUAUGGUGAUUUAUUCCAUGGACAGUUGUCCGUCUGGUCGUGCUGGCCUGGGGUGUCUGUUCCAGUGAUUUGGAGCAAGUGGAACAAGGUUUGUACUACUGCAGGGUUUGUUAGCGCUAAUACGUCUUCUUUGGUUGUGGGAGGAAACCGGAGUACCCGGAGAAAACCCACACGUGGAUGGGGAGAACAGUGGAGAUUCAAACCCAAUCAAUGAAAUCAAUGCGCCCAGGAAAGUAGUUCUGGUACGAAUGGUUCUUAAUGCUUAAAAUGACUAAAAUACUGUAAGUAUUAAAUGUUAUGAAUGUACCAGGUAUUGAAUGGUCACAGCAUGUACGUAAAACCAUCAAAUGUCAUUGGAGGGUUUUUUUUAGAGGUCUUUUUAGCCAAAAGAGGUGUGUCCCAUUACAUGCAUUGCUAGCUCCAUCAUGCUAGCUGUUUUUCUUCUUAGAAUGCACAGAAAAGGGAAAAACAUGUUGAUGCUUCACAUUUAUAAGUCAGUGAUUCCCAAAUAGUGAAGCAAGCCCCCAGUCUGGGGUUGCGUGAGAGGCAGGGACUACUUUCAGUGUUUGUGCAGACCUGCCAACAUGUACAGAUUUAUGGUACUCAACAUGCAAUGUGACUCUUAAAUACGCUUGUAUGCUUCACAGCGCUCCGCUUUUUUGCAUUCUCCCGGUUUCAGUUUCAAGGUCAGUAUGUACAGGAGAGAUAAAUAAAUAGAUCCUGAGACCUGGGGAGCAUGACAAAAUAACUGAGAACCACUGACAUGAGGAUUGUGGAUGAUGAGCACAGUUCGAAAAAAAAGUGCAGUUUUUCUUUAAGAGGUUUUUCAGGCCGCUUAUUCUCUUUACAUGACUUAAUUGAGGUAGAUUUUCCUGUUUUUCAGGUGGGCCGUAAUCCUCCUUUAUGGAUAACUAACUCGUUGGCUUUUGGGGGAUUUGUGCAAGUAGAUUUACAUUUUUACUCAUUUAUUUGAAUUAGGUUGAAAAGCAGAAUUCCUGACUACACUCGCUUGAGCCAAAAUGAUCCAAAGAGUAGUGACGUUUGGAAAAGUCCAUAUGAGGUUUAAUGUGCUGUUUGCGGUGUCUGUCAUCAGUGUGUAGUGAGCGCCAUCAAGCAUUAGCGACGCACUGUGCCUUACUGUCAUUCACAGGCCCUGGUCCCACCCACCCAUACACAUGAUGUGGUUCUGUGGGUCACUUUCAGCUUCUAUCUUCCACGUCUUCUUUUCACGUCUUGUCAGCUCUGACUUGUCUUGACUUGUGUCGUCCUCACACCAAAUAGUAUGCACCAUUCCUUCAUGUUUGGACUCCGUACCGUACAUCUUUAGUCCGUUUCAAUUGGCCGGCGAGGCAUCACUCCAACCUCCACUUGGAGAUGACCAAAUCCAGGUUGCGUUUCUUUGCGCCAUUUGACACCUGAGUCCCUCGUUGCAACCAAUACAAGACAAGAGCAAAGUCACAUCCCUUGUUGUGAUGCAUUUUGCUUUAAAAAGAAAAUUGGAUCUCGGUUUGUUAUUAAUUUGUUCCUAAAGGUCCGACAAAAACUGAAGCAAUUUUCCCACAGAAAAUAAAGUAAAUCCUUAAUGGGUUAAUGUUAAUCAAUUGCUGAUACCCCAUAAUAUUGUAAAAAAAAUAAUAAUAAAUAAAUAAAAAAAACAUUUUAUAGAGCAUAAUUAUAGUUUUACAUGCAGAAUACAAUGUGAAAUAAUAAAUGAUGAAUGAAAUGAACAAAUUGACGAAAGAGGUGGCGAGGGUGUGCCAGCAUCAUACGUUGACCUUUUUUAUUGAAUUCCCAACACUCGCAACUUUCUUUGCCCCCGUGGCAGGUUAUUUGGCAGUCACUAUUUUUUUUUUAAAUGCACACAUGUGUAGGGUGCUUUGAUUGGGCACGAUGGAUUACUGGGCAAACACAAUAAUGAAGACUAUGAAAAUUUAGGCAAUUAUUAAUUAUUUGUUAGCUCCACUAAUUCAUUAUUAAUUACCAAUUGAUGAAACCGAAUCAUGCAAAAACUGGGGCAAAUCAUACAUGGUUUGUUUUUGGAGAAAACACUGCAGGUCUACAAACAUGAAAGGCGGGAACUCUAGUUCUUAGUUGGUGUGGCGACUGUUUUGGUUGUAUGUACUACCAUGCUUCAAAAGGGUAUCUUACAUACUCAAUGUAAACAAUACAGUAAUAGUCAGUAAGAAUCACCUUCGAGUUUAAUAAAGUAUCGUGCGCUGUGCUACAUGCACAGCUUCACUCACCGCUCCGAGCGGGCCACGGCAAACCUACUUCCUGUUUACCUUCUAGCGACCAAUAAGAGAAGAGAUUGAGUUCAUGUGGUUGUCAUGCGGCAGGUGUUGGUUUCAGACCAAGUUUACGAGCUCAUCAACCGAUUCGGACCUGAAACGCAGACUAAAAAUAUAUUGUUGUUUUCAUCACCACGUUACACUCUGAAACAAUACAGUAAUAGGCAGUAAGAGUCGCCUUUAAGUUGAAUGAAAUAUCGUGAGCGUUUCGAUCGGCGAAACUACUUCCUGUUUACCCUCUAGCGCCCAAUAAGAGACGAGAAGGAUCUCACGUGGUUGUGUUUUUAACCCCCACAUUUCACUCUCAAGUGUUCCAUGACACCUCAUCCCUUUGUCGUCUUCCGCUUGUGUUUUGCGUCUUUAUGUUAUUUCAUGAUGAGUGUAAACUGUUCUCAUGAAUGUCGUUUCUUUCCAAAAAAAAAAGGAGGCAAAUGGUGGCAAUGAAUUUGAUGCUUGAAGGGAACAUUCAAGGCUGUUAAUGAUGCUUCUUCUAGUCAACUCUGACCACCAAGGGGCGCGUGACUUCAACACUUGAGUGCUCUGAAUAGGAUGUUUCCAUUUUUUUCGAUAAUUUUAAAUUAUUAUUUGUGAGGAACUGUUGAUUUUGUUACUUUCCAUGACUGUACGUUGAUAUAUGUGAUUAAUUCAUGGGAUUAAUUCACGCUUAAUUUGUACGACAAUCUGCUGCAGUCACAUUCGGAUUCAGAAAGAAGUUUCAUUAAUGAUGCACAAUGGAGAUGAGUUGUAUAUUUAAUGGAUAUCUUUACUGGUUUGUAAAGCCAGGUUUCCAAAAUCACUGAAGCUGUAGUCAAAGGGAAUUGAUGUGUUUAGAGUGUGAUACUUGUUGUAACCACAAGGGCGCGACAGAAUCCACAAUGAGGGUUUAUGAAGAGACACAAAUGAAAAAUGUUUGUAAAAACCUAAGCUGGACCUAAAUAUAUAUUCACCAUGUGUGGUUUACAUUAAUUUAUUAACAGGUAACACACACAAGGUGACUCAUAAGACUCUAAUUUUGGAAAGGUUACCAUACACACACACUUGUGUCUCAGUUCAUUUGUGGCUCUAAUUGAGACGUCUCAACCAAUUUUUACCCUUUUUGUUCCUUUAUCUGUUCUAGCAAGAAGGCUGGAAAAGGGGGUAGAAAACACGUGUGUAGGGUGCGUUACGUGAAAAGGUCGAGGUGUGUGAGGUGUGUUGCGAGGCACACCGAUGGCCUCAUAUCUGCCGUAUUGUAUGUCUGGAGAAAAGAAGAAAAGUUGUGCUGAAAAAUGAAGAAAUCAUGAAUAAAAGCUAUUUCAAUUGUU